GCAGUUGAACACUCAACAGCUAUUAUAUUUUGGCACAUUUUUUUUUAUAAAAAAUUCGGUGAGAAAUAAAUAAUGUCGAAGCAAUCUGAUGAAUGUGUAGAAAUUAAACCAUCCACCGAAAAGAUACCGGAUGAAUACGAGAUCGAAAAAGCUUCGGUGCACAUUUUCAUGCCGAAGGACAGCCGCUACAACACAGUGGUCGAAACGUUCAAGAAGUCUAUGAAAAAUUGCAGUUUCGAAGUACCAGAUGAGAACGUGCAUAUAAUCAGGAGUAAAAAGGAUCUCCAAUAUGUGUACAGUAACACUCAGUUUACUGAUGCGGCCGACAAGGAUGAUAAGACAUGUUUGAUCGUCGCGUUUUUUGGAGAAUCAGACGGCAAGGACAUUCAUUUGGAGAACGGCGAUGUUAGAAAUAUCAAAGAUAUUACCUCUCCAUUCGUAUUCGCUUUUAGGCAUAAACCAAAACUAUUCUUCAUACAGGGUUUGAGAAAACUAUCGAACAUACCAAAGAUGGAUAGCGUUGAUGUAAAGGACACCAAGUUUGACCCUCCGUUGGAAGCCGAUCAGUUCAUCAUUUUCAACACAGUUGAUCCAUAUGAAGAUAUAAACACAUUCAUGAACAACAUCACGUACAAUAUCGAAGAGAACGGGGAGAGAGACGACGUCUUCGACAUUGUCAUGUUCUCCGAAACGAAUAAAAAUAAGAAAAGGCCAAUGUUUUUGUCGACGUUGCGCAAGAAAUUCUACUUCAAGAAGUCUCCAUACAGAGGAUACGAAUACGAAUACAUAAAGGCCUGGGAAAUCGUCGAUGAUAAACUGUCGAACAACGCGGUGGAUAUGAUUGUAGAUAAUUGUAAUUCCGAGACGUCUGCAACUUCUUUGAAUGAUAUACCUGCAUAUUCGUUAUCGGGAAUCUAUAAUAAUGAUAUCAAUAUGAUGGAUACCAAUCCAAAUUAUAAUCUAUAAACUAUAAUCUAUUUUACACUUAUGUAAAUCGACGUUAAUAACAUAUUGUUUAAAACAGUGUUUUUCAACACAUGAUCCGCAGAUCGGCACCGAUUCGCAGAUAUCUUCAUGGAAAUCUUCAAUUCUGUAAUUGAAAAUUGAUAAACCUAUGGCAACAAAAAUGAUUGAAUCGAUAAUAUGCAAAUAAAAUUCGUACAUC